AUCACUAAAAUACCUUCAGGUAUAUUUGUUUACCUUCCCAAAAUGGGUCUUGGAUAACGAAAACCUACAUUCGUUGACGAUCCACGUUGUUUCCGUGCAGCGUCAAGCUGACCCAGCAAGUGCUACGUCAACAAGUUGUCGGGGGUUUUCGGUUACUCCCCCUCCUCAUUUUCCCACGGACUAUAAAAUUUUCCUGUGACGUUGCUCGUCCAUAUGUGACACCAAAGUAAGCCAGUAAUUUCUGAAACAACAGCAGCCUAACGUGUUUUCAUACAGGACUCCAUGGUUUCCUGUCACACCUACAGACAGAUCUACCUCCCCCUGCCAGAAUGGAGAGCUCGCUACACUAUACCUCUGUCAACCAUGCCGACUGUCUAAUAGGAUCCAUCAACCAACUCCGAAGAAAAACAGAACUAUGUGACGUCCUCCUCAACGUCGGCACCCGCCGCAUCCCUGCUCAUCGCCUCAUCCUGUCGGCAUGCAUGCCUUACUUUCACAACCUGCUGGAGCACAACCCGCGGGAAGCUCCAGCCGAAUACCACCUGACUGAUGUGGAUCCUGACGCCGCUCAAAGUAUUAUUGAAUUCUGUUACACGUCGGCCAUAUCUGUUACGGAGGAGAAUGUGUUGACGUUGCUGCCAACGGCCUUCAUGUUUCAGCUGGAUGAGAUUAGUAACUUGUGCUGUGACUUUCUGUUGUCCCAGCUCCGUCCCGACACAUGCCUUGUGACCUAUCAGGUGGCCACUCAGUGCGACUGUAAGACCCUGCAGGAAGAUAGUGUAGCCUUCAUUAAAGACAACUUUCAAAAGAUUCUGGCAGAGGAGACUUUCCUGGACCUAGCGGUGUACACUCUACUGCAGACUCUCAAGUCUCUCCAGGGGGAGGUGCUGUCUGACAAGCAGGUGCUUGAUGCCAUACAGACGUGGGUGGACCAUUGUGGGGAGGACAGGCAGCAAUCUGCACCACUGGUGGUGCACUUCUUCCCAGAGUUGUUCGACAAACUGAAGGAGUUCCUGCCAGAGGAGUUGUUGCAGCUUCCGCUCACUCUUGAUGACAUGGACACAUCCAGCCCCAUCUCUCGUCCGGACGACACGUCCACCUCCGAAGACAGCUUCACCAUGUCCAACGGGGGACUCAACAACAACAACAACAACAGUAGCAGCAGCAGCGGCAGCAGCAACCUCGUCAUCAUCUGCACCAUCUGCGGUGAGAUCUUCGACAACCAGAAAAUGCUGGACCAACAUAAGCGAGACUGCGAAGAAAUGUCAAUCAAGCCAGAAUUUCUCCAUGUCAAUGACAACACAAUUACCAUUUCGACUGGAUCUCCCAAAGGCGAUAAUGGCUUCUCCAGCAGUCACUUUAGCUCACUGAUUAAUGGACACACAUGUCCCAUAUGUAACAAGUCUUUCUCAGACAAGAAGAACCUUAGCAAGCACAUCAAAAUACACUCCCAGAGUGGGUUUUCGUGUGAAUUUUGUCUUAAGAAAUACAGCACUAAAUCAAAUCUGCAGGGUCACAUGAGAGUUCAUUCAGGGGAUCGGCCCUUUUCAUGUGAAUUCUGCGGCAAAAAUUUCAACAGUUACUGCGUCUUGCGAGUCCAUCUCCACACCCAUACUGGGGAGAAGCCAUUCCCUUGCCCAACCUGUGGGGUUUCCUUCGCCAAAAAUAUCCAUUUGAAAAGACACAUGCAGAUACACACAGGUGCUAAGCCACACGUUUGUAACAUUUGUGGCAAGCACUUCAGUCGUAGCGAUCACGUCAAACGACACAUUCAGAGCAUCCAUUCAGGUGCCAAGCCUCACACAUGUUCCCUUUGUGGGAAAGAAUUUGUACGAAAAUAUGAGCUCAAUAAGCAUAUGAAACUUCACUUUGCUCAGUCAGUCGAUGGUACUCCUUUCAGUAAGGAUGUUGGCUUCCAUGAGUUGGAAAACGGCAACUCGAGUCUCAGUGAAACAAGUUUGAAAGAUUGAAUGAUCCACACAUCUGUCCCAGGCAGACAAACUCCAGGUCCAUGUUCAGUACUGUAUAGUUCAUGCCCCUUCUCCCCAUAAGCCAUCAUUAUCAUCAGUCAGUUUUUUGGAUAAUCAACAAGUAGUGAACAGAGCCAACUAUGUACAGUCAUUUGUCAUCUGUCAAGAUGCUCAUAUUUCAAAGUCGUAUUUUAUCAUGACUGCAGGGGGCACGGGCGGCCCAGUCGUCUAAGGCGCCGCAAUUCGCUGUGCAGAGUUGCGUCCCUUGGGCACGCCAGAAACCUAUGAUUGUGGGUUCGAAUCCCGGUUCGCCCCUAUCAUGU